CAUUCCGCACGGGGUGCACGUGUGGGAACUUUUACCGCAGAGACAACUGUACUACAUAACCCAGCGCAGGUAAACAGUUGUCACGUUCUGUGGCACCUCAUUUCAGUAUAACCACUCAAACGGAGGUGCUGACGAAUUUCGGUGACGCCAUCUGCAGUGGCUGCAACGAUCAUGAAGUCACCGCCCGCAUCGUUCGCGCUCUCCUUUGUCUUAGCGGUCCUGUUCUUCUCGCAGGGCUAUACUGGUUCCAGGGUCAGAAGGUUGGAGUGCCUCGAGGAAGGUGUGGCAUCCGUUUGGUUCGCCUGCGAAUUGUUCUUUGUCUGCGAUCGUGUAGGCGUGUCGCCGCUGUUAGAGAAGUGCAACUGGCUCGAGACGUACGACCUCGGCUCGAGGAGGUGCCUGCCACUGAGGGACCCGGACCAGGAGACUGUGGAGAAAGGCUUCAGGAGUUUCCCAUGCAAACCCUGGCCAGGGACGAAUGAAAAAUAUUGGCUCACAAUGCUGAAAGUUUUGAAACCACCAUCUGAAGCUGAAUUAGACAAUAAAUGGAUUUGGAUUCAUGUGUAGGAACAAUUUCAUCGUGGAGCUAAUGGAGAUCCUAAGACGAAAUCGGCGUGUAAUGGUCUACUGAAGAUAUAUUUAUAUAUAACCUGCAUCACUUUGAGUUGUGACAAAUAAAAUAACGCCUCUAUGUAAGGACUGUAUGAAAUUUAUCAAAUAAAUGUAUUCAUUUCAGGGUA